CUUCCCUUUCCUCUUCAUCUCUCACAUUAUACCUUCAACAUUCAUCACCAUGGAUUUGGCUCAACCUGCCUCCGAGCACGUUUGCUACGUCCGCUGCACCUUCUGCAACACCGUUCUCGCGGUUGGGAUCCCAUGCAAGAGACUGUUGGACACUCUGACAGUGAAAUGUGGGCAUUGCAGCAAUCUCUCGUUUCUUAGCACAAAACCUCAAUCCCAAGGACACUGCUAUGAUCAUCAAACAAGUCUUCAUUAUCAGGCUUUCUGCAAUGAAUUCAAGAAGGGGCAGUCUGCAUCAUCGUCUUCAUCCACUUCCAGCGAGCCCUCCUCGCCUAAAGCUCCAUUUGUGGUCAAACCUCCUGAGAAGAAGCAUAGGCUUCCAUCUGCCUACAACCGGUUCAUGAAAGAAGAGAUACAGCGCAUCAAAGCGGCAAAUCCAGAGAUACCACAUAGAGAGGCUUUCAGUGCAGCUGCAAAAAAUUGGGCUAGGUACAUUCCGAACACUCCACAGAUGAAUGCUUCCACCAGCACUAACAAGGCUUGAUAAACAUGGGAGGG